UAUUCAGGUUUUAUGGCAUUAGUUAGCUAAAAGCACCAGACACAAAUCGUUUAACAUGAAUGAUGAAAAAGCGAAUUAUUGGAGCAAUGUGAAUACUUUUCUUUCAAAAUCUUUGCCUUUACUGCAAAGUAUGAAUUUUAAUAGAUCUGAUAUCUUGGAUGACCCAUGCGCAACAGAGUUGAAAAAUUCGGUAUCACAAUUAAGUUAUCCCCUCAAAUUAACAAUUCCACCUUAUUUGCAUAAUUUAAUCAGUGUUCAAGGGAAACGUUUAAGAAAACAAGGAAUUGAUAGAAAACCUCGUCAAACUUAUAGUGCAAAACAAUUAGAUAUUCUCGAAAGAGAAUUUAAACAGGAUAAAUAUUUAAGCGUAAACAAGCGAAUGGAGCUCUCUAAAACUUUAUCACUGACAGAAGUACAAAUAAAGACGUGGUUCCAGAAUCGUCGAACAAAAUGGAAAAAGCAACUGACAUCACGAAUUAAAAUGGCCCAACGACAAGGGCUAUAUAAGUGUGACAUGUAUCUAUCAAGGAUUCCUACAAAAUCAAGUGUUAAAUCUGGAUACUUUAGUAUGUUUCCUACUUAUUAUUCCGAUUGUCAAUGGUACUUGCCACGACCUUCUUAAAAUUGUUCCUGACU